AUUUUCUCUCUCUCUCUCUCUUCAUAACUACUGGCUUCAACGCUCGAGUAUGGAGCUCUUUUGGACACUGGUUCUAUCCACGAUCGUUGUGGGUCUUUUGCUGUUGUUACUUCAUGAACACUCGUCUCGGAACACGACGAUGCCUCCCGGUCCGACCCCACUGCCUUUUAUCGGGAACAUGCUGCAGCUGAACUCAAAAGCACUCCACGAGAGUUUUAUGGAGCUGAAUGAGAAGUAUGGACCUGUGAUGACGGUGCAUCUGGGCCCGAAACCCCUCGUGGUUCUUGUCGGGUUCGAAGUGGUUCAUGAAGCGCUGGUUCAACAGGCUGACGCGUUUGCUGGGAGAGCGAUGUCGCCUUUGAUUAAGGAGCUCAGUCUUGACUUCGGCUUGGUGCAAAGCAAUGGAGAACGCUGGAAACAACUCCGUCGCUUCUCUCUGUCCACCUUGAGAGAUUUUGGAAUGGGACGGAGCAGGAUUGAGGAGUGGAUCCAAGAAGAGGUUAAAUAUCUCACUGAGGAAUUCAGAAAAACCAAAGGUUCUCCAUGUGAACCCACCCUCUUUUUGAGCCGGGCGGUGUCCAAUGUUAUCUGCUCCAUUGUAUUUGGCCAGCGGUUUGAUUACCAAGAUGAAAACUUUGUCAAACUCCUGACUUUGGUUGAUGAAAAUCUACAUUUGUUCAGCAAACCCAUUUCACUGCUGUAUAACAUAUUUCCGGCACUCAUUAAAUUAAUACCUGGACAUUUCAACAAGAUACUCAAGAACGUGAAUGAAAUAAAACAAUUUACUUCAGCAAUGAUCGAGGAACAUAAAGCAACGCUGGUUAGUGACAGUCCUCGGGAUUUCAUAGACAGCUUCCUCAUCAAAAUGAAACAGGAAAGCAACAAUCCAGAUACAGAGUUCAACUAUGACAACUUAAACAUCACAAUUUUAGAUCUAUUUACGGCGGGAACGGAGACCACCAGCACCACACUGCGAUAUGGGCUACUGAUCCUCAUGAAAUACCCCCACAUCCAAGAAAAGGUCCAGAAAGAGAUUGACAUGGUGAUCGGUCGAGACCGUGCCCCUGCCAUGGAGGACCGAAGGAAGAUGCCCUACACUGAUGCUGUACUCCACGAAAUCCAGAGGUUCAUUGAUCUGCUCCCCUUAAAUGUUUUACAUAUGACAACAAAGGACACUGUCAUCAGGGGCUACACAAUUCCAGCGGGUACAAUGGUGGCUCCCAUGCUUCACUCUGUGAUGUUUGCAAAAACAAAUUGGGCAACCCCAGAUACCUUCAACCCCAGUCACUUCCUGGAUGAAAAUGGCUGCUUCAAAAUGAAUUCCUCUUUCAUGCCCUUUUCUACAGGAAAGCGCAAAUGUGCAGGUGAAGGUCUAGCCAUGAUGGAGCUCAUCUUGUUUUUCUCAACCCUCUUGCAGAACUUCACGUUUCGCCCAACAGAGGAUCCUGCUAAUAUCAACUUAUCACCAGAUUCCAAGUUAAUUUUUAAAAUUCUCAGGCCAUAUAAGUUUAUGGCCAUCCCACGAUAGCAAGACCGAAUAUAAAUCUAUUUGAACACAGAGCUAAGUAAAACACAAGAAGAGAUUAAACAAGGAAGCCAACGCAUACUCUAUGAAUGUUCUUAAUUUUAACACUUUUUCACUUUAUUAAUGUAAUGAGAAGUCAAGCCAAAUGACACCUUUGAUUGACUAACUAAAAACAUUACAAUAUUCAAGUUUUUGAAGCAACUUAGGCCCUUUCAUCAGGCAAGAUGUAAUCACAUUACAUUUAAUACAUUGUGUCUGAAGAAGGAGCCUGAGUAUCACUGAGCAAUCAAAAUAAUAAAUACAGUAAGGUGAGGACUCCACACAAAUAGUUUUUAUUGCUUUAAUGAAAAUUAUUCUUCCACCCACAUGUGUGCGAGCAUUACCCCUAUAUAUUUAAAAUGUACAACGUUAUGGCAAAUAUUCAGAUAAUCCUUUUAUAUUAUGUAUAGACCCUACAGGACACACUUUUCUGACUGUCUCAUUGUCUGUCAUUUCAUGAGAAAUACAGAGAGUUUGGAAGUGGUACUGCAUUGACAAGUGUCUCUUAUCAAAUGGUAAGCGUUAGAGGUAGGGGAAAAUUUGAUAUAGCACAGUGUUACAUUAUUUUUGUAGUGUCAAAUCACUGAUGGACUAAUGAAAAUUACUAGGAUUUAUUUUUUUAAUAGUGAAUCAUUUCAGGUAUAGGUGGGUAUAUAUCUGCACAUUACAUUGAUCACAUCUUGUCUGAAGAAGCGGUCUGUGUUGCCUUGAAAGCUUGCAUAUUGUAAUCUUUUUAGUUAGCCGAUAAAAAAAAAGGUGUCAUUUUGCUUGAUUUCUCAGUACAUCCAUAAUGGCUAACAUGGUACAACACCCUACUAUCACUUUAUUAAAUGAAUUCUCCUACAAUCACUCUUUCCCCUUUUGUUAAUCUUUUUUGCUUUAUAAUGUACUGUAAUGUAAUUUACUAUGAAAUAUACUAUAUAGAAUAUUCAUUAAUAGGAAUCUAAAUAAAAAAGGAUUUCCAUAUUUCAUCAUCACUA